UGCAGUACUAGUGUGAGACACACAAGAUCUUGUCAAUAUUUUGGUGCAAUUAAGGUUUUAAAUUUAUUAUACGUAGUAAAAGUGCAAUGAACCCAGUAAUAAGUGCUAUUCCAAAGACUGUAAAAUGUAGUUAGAGAUAUAAGGUACACGUUUUAAGGAAAAUUGAUAAUAAAAAUGAAAUAACAGGAAUAAGUGAUACCAAUAUUUGUGGGAACAUAUUUGCUUUGUCUGAUAGAACUUUCUACAGUGAUGUUAUAAAUAUAUCGAAGAUAAGUUAAAAGUUAAUACAAACAUUUUAAAUCAAGAUGCAGUGCCUUAAAUAACAUCAACGACUUUAGUGAAGACUUGUGCAAUAAAAUUAAAUAUUAGAACAACUACGUGCUUUCUUCAAGAUCAAACAAAAUGAACUACGACCAAGGUGAAUCCAGGCGAGGCAGUCGAAACAGAGCCUUAGAAAGAUCUCUGAGCUAUUCCGAAGCCAUCGGCAAUGGUUCAGGCAGAUCUUCAAUCGAGAUCCCCAACAACAUCGUCCUAACAGACGUGUACGCAAAUGAGGAACUAAAAAAACAAUACAGAAUAUCACAGACGUAUGUAGAAGGGAAGGAGAUAUCCUUCCCUUCUGUGGUAACUAAUGUUGAUACCAAGAAUCAUUUGAGAAUUCCCAUAGUAGAAUCAUCACAGGACUCCUCAAUAUAUUCAAGUGAAGAUGAACAUACAGACCCUGGUUUAGUGAUGACCAUUGACGUGGAAGAUAAAUCUAGUAGUCCAAAAGAUUCUGUUAUAACAAAGCCGCUAUCAGAACAGUCUACCAUACCUAUAGCGUCAGAUACUACUACGACAAAUCAUAUUUAUGAUACGAUUGAUACUAUAGAAACUUUGGAUACUCCUGACAGUAUAUUUGAUGAUCGAGAGACCACGUAUGGACCAUCAGCUCAUGCGUAUUCUACGCCUUAUAGUCGGCGGAAGAAGAAGAGGACUCAUAGACAGCGCCACGGCAGACCGAACAGGUCCAGACGUGUGGUGCUGAAGUCAGGAGAAGAGAAUGUGCCAGUGAGGAGCAACAUAUCUGCCAAGUCCAUCAAGUAUAUGCGGGAUAUUGUUACGACUGUUAUCAACAGCAAAUGGCGUUUCAUCCUGCUAAUGAUGGUGGCUGCCCACUUCAUCUUCUGGCUGGUCUUCGCAGCCAUCUGGUACGCUGUGUCUACCUCCUACGCGGAAGACAUAGGCGACGGGAAAGAACACUGCGUUACUGGUACCAAGUCGUUCGCUGGACUAUUGAUGAUGUCGGUUGAAACUCAGAUGACUAUAGGAUACGGGACUCGGUUCCCGAAUGAAGAAUGUCCUGAAGCUAUCAUCAUAAUGGUGUUAGAGAUAGUGGCCGGUACUGCUCUCUCAGGUGGCCUGUCAAGUUUGCUGUUCACAAAACUGAUCAGACCGAACCGACAUGUCAACUCCGUUGGUUUCAGCAGGAAGGCUGCAGUAUGCCGUCGUGACGGAGAGCUCUGCCUGCAGUUCAGAGUGUGGGAUCUGAUGAACGUGCACAUCAUAGGCAGCAGCAUCACUGCCUACAUGCUCAAACCUAUCAGGACGCUGGAAGGAGAACUAGUCCACAACUACAUGCACCAGCUGGAACUGAAGGAGUCUCGAGCAUUCCUGCUGUGGCCCAUCACCGUGGUGCACGCCAUCAACCGACGGAGUCCGCUCUAUGACUUCUCUGCUCAAGACAUGAUGGAUUACAGAUUUGAGAUCGUGGUCUGCCUGACUGGUGCCUCGAAGAACAUGGGCACCACCACACAGAGUAGAACCUCGUACCUCUCCAAGGAAAUCAUGUGGGGAUACCGGUUCAAAAACGUUGUGCACUACAGCAAGAAGGAGGAAGCCUACAAGAUAGACGUGGACAACCUCAACUCCGUGGAACAGGUGGAGACUCCCCUCUGCAGUGCCAGCUACAUGAAGGACUUGGAAGAGGACUUGAAAGCGUCCACCAAUAUCCUCUGCACUCCGAACAUGUCCGCUUCUCCUACUGAUCUCUCUCUUCCUGAGGAGUCUUCUACUCUCUCUCGACAAGGAGACUCCAUCCCUUCAUCUCCUUCUCUUAAUAGAACUGGGACUCAAAGGAGUUUUGGAUGGAACUUCAAGAGAUUUAGGCCGGAGAAGUAUUUGAAGACAAUGGAGAAGAAAGAGUAAAUAGUAGAUGUAUUUUAAGUUACAAGACUAAAAGUCUAAGUCGUAUUUGUAUUUAAAAUUGCAUUUAAAUGGGUUCAGCAUUUUUGUGAUAUAGAAACAAACGUAAACUUAGCUUGUUUUAUAGUAUAGGUUUAUGUUAAUAAGGGUUUUUGAUUUUGAUAGAAGGUAUCGAAAUAUAAAAUUAAUAUAUCUCUGAGAAAUGGGUCCAAAUAAUAGCACUUUUAAUUAAAUAGUAGAUACAUAUACCGCGCGCGCCUCAAGGAGCCUUUAGACCACCACGGAUGGGGCC